ACGGAGAAUCGGGUAAUCGGCCAGUAUGUCCUAACUAAACUAGAGAUCGUAAAGUGAUUUGUAUGAUAUAUGCCGGGAUUUGAACCCGGGACCUCCGGAUCAUGAGCCCAACGCUUAGACCCAAAAUAGGAUAAUAUUUCGUCAUAUUUCUCCUAUUUGCACAGGUUAGGCAUCUACCAACAGGCGGAACGUGCUGGUAUAUUGCGAAAUGAAGCCAACAUGACAAAGUUCAGCAAUUCAUUAGUUGUCGGAGCUUUUUCAGGAGCUACUGGGGCUGCUUUAGGCAGUCCCCUGCUGCUCGUCCGGACUCAGCUGAUGUCGUCAUCAGACUCUAGCAUAGCAGUCGGCACUCAGCACAACCACCAGGGGUCCUUCUCAGCACUGAAGCAUAUCUUCAGCGAGGGCGGCGUACGCGGACUCUGGCGGGGCACCCUCGGGAUGGCUCUGCGGAACUCUGUUUCGUCUUCCAUGCAGAUCGCUAGUUUUUCCGUCUCUAAAGACCUGAUGGACAAGAACCACUGGUUCAAGCACUCCAACAAGUAUGUGUCUGCGUUCUUCGCGAGCAAUGUGGCGGCUGUAGCCAAGAGCCUGACCACCACGCCAUUUGAUGUCGUCACCACCAGGCUUUAUAACCAACCCGUGGACAACUUGGGUAAAGGUGUGUUAUACCAAGGCGUUGCUGACUGCGCUCGUAAGAUCGCCACAACUGAAGGUCCACUGGCGUUUUACAAGGGCCUCUUGCCAUAUUACUUUCGCCAAGUACCCCAAUCAAUCCUACUACUCAUGUUUUGGGAUGUCCUGAAAGACUUGCAGAAAACUUUCAUGGGAAAGAAUGAUGAGAAAAGAUGAUUAAAAUAUCCUAUUUUCCCAGGCACAUAGGGAAUAGUCCAGGACUAAUCCUUUGGAGUCCUGGCCUAUAAUUUUUUUUUUAACUGCGAAUAGAAGAUUUAUUACAGGAAGAUAACGGUACCGAUUCGAAGAGGGACUUACCCAAGUUAUUUGUGAGGGUCAGGACCAAACUUAUAUUAAUCUUUCGUCCCGUUCGUUUAUAUAGAGAUAAAAAGGGCAGGUAGUUAGUCACGCAAUUUGGAAUUAACAGCAACUGUUUUUUUUAGUAUUA